AUGCGCCUUGUGAGCGGUCAAAAUGGCUCUGCUUUCCAGAACGAGACAUUCGACGGCGAGGUGGAACAAUCGUACUUCCUUGUCAAUUCGGCAUUUGGUAUCUUGAGGAACGAUAUCCCAGCUCAGGCUCUGGAUCUUCCUACCGGUACCUGCAACGAUCAAACGCCAUGUGUGAAUGGUGCAUGCUGUAGUAGUGUCUCCGGACUGUGCGGAUACUCUCCUUCGGAGUGCGGAGCCGGAAACUGCUCCUCUAACUGCGAUGCCAAAGCAGAGUGCGGCCAGUACGGCAAGCCUGGCAAGCAGCAGUGUCCGCUCGGAGUCUGUUGCUCCGAGUUUGGCAAAGAUGGUGGUAGCGUCGAUGGCAUAAACAUUGGCUACUACGAAUCGUGGGCCAACACUAGGGCAUGCAGCAAGGUGUCUCCCGAAGACCUCAAUCUUGAUGGUUUUACGCACCUCAAUUUUGCCUUUGUCUUCUUCCAUCCCACCACUUUCGACAUUGUUCCAAUGGACAAGAACGCGGGCAAGCUGCUGAGUCGCUUCACCAAGUUGAAAGAGAAGAAGCCUGGACUUCAAACUUGGGUCAGCGUGGGUGGAUGGUCCUUCAACGAUCCCGGCCCAUACCAACAGGCUUUCAGCAACAUGGCCAGUACAGCAGCAAAUCGCAAGACCUUCAUCAACAAGCUCAUCAAGUUUAUGGACACAUACGGAUUCGAUGGAGCUGACUUGGACUGGGAAUACCCUACCGCUGAUGAUCGCGGAGGCAAGGCCGGCGAUUCAGCCAACUUCGUUCUGCUGUCGAAAGACAUCAAGGAUGCCUUUCGUGGAAAGUACGGCUAUACCAUAACGCUGCCGGCAUCCUAUUGGUACCUGCAACACUUCGACGUGUCCAAGCAUCAAGAGUCUGUUGAUUGGCUCAACGUGAUGUCAUAUGACCUUCACGGUGUCUGGGACGCCGCAUCGAAAUACACUGGGCCCAAACUCGCAACUCACACCAACAUCACUGAGAUCAACAUGGCCUUGGACCUCCUCUGGCGCGCGGGGGUCAAACCAAACAAAGUUGUCUUGGGAAAAGGCUAUUACGGCCGCUCGUUUACCCUCACCGAUCCGAGCUGCAACAAGCCAGACGGCUCAUGCACGUUCUCUGGAGGUGCCAAAGAGGGUCGGUGUUCGAAGGCUUCCGGCAUUCUUACUCUACAAGAGAUCCAAGAGCUCAUCAAGGAGAAGAACCUCAAGCCGGUCCAUGAUCUGAAAGCCGGAGUCAAAUAUGGACUCAUGGUUUGGGCUAUCGAUCAAGUCGACCAGAACGACAAAAGCCUGAAUUACCCCGACGAAUGGACCGAAGACGACAUUGCAGCAGCCGAGAUUUUCAUCCAAGACGAAGCCGCCCAGGGUGUUUGCUACACGACGCCAUGCGGCGAGAAAUGCGCGUCAGGAGAAUACGAGGCUUCGCAAACGAACGGCCAACCCGGGACGCUUUCAACAAUGGACCGUUGUGGCAAAGGACAGUUCCGUCGGCUGUGCUGCGCCAAAGGCACUAAUAUGGGCAAGUGCCGAUGGCGCGGCUACCGUGGUCUUGGCCUGAGCUGCACCGGUGGCUGUGCCAAAGAUGAAACGGAGAUCACGCAGAACACCAAUCACCACUCGAGCACCGAGGAUCAGACAUGCUCUGGAGGAACACAGAGUUACUGCUGUGCUGGCUUCAAGCCCCCUAUUACUAAAGAGCAGGUCGAAGAUGAGGUCAAGGACAAGGCCAAAGAGGCCGCUUUGGAAGCAGCCGAAGCGUUAGCCUUGGAGGUCGCUGCCACGGCCUUUUGCAGAAUUGCCAUCACGGCCGCCUUGACACCGCUUACCUUUAUCCCCCUUAUUGGAUGGAUCAUACGACUCGCCGUCCAAGCCGCCGUUCCAGCUCUUGCUAAAGUUUGCGCCAAGGGCAUUGCAAAAGCAGGCAAAUCCGUCUUCAAGUUCCGCGGAAAGGAUUACGAUGUGAAGCUCGACAAACCGUUGACUUCCAAAAAGGACCGCGAUCCACCCGCCACCUUCACGAAACCUGCGGCAAGGUGCUCCAAGGUCGACCCCAAGCUCGCGGAACGUGCCCGCCCAUUAAGACCCUUAACAAAGAUCAACAGAAUACAGGGAGAUCCUCAUGAAGAUAUCAAGGUUAGGACUUGUAUCUACAGUGAAGACAGCGGGGAGAUUUCCAUGGGCCAGGCUUGUCUGCACUACAGUUCUGUUAUAAGCCGUCGACCUGCUCUCAGAAGAUUGACGUGCGAUGGUAAAGAUGGCAUUAACAUUCGCGAGGUUAAAGAUUCUUAUUACACCCAACACAAGACCGAGUGGAUCAAGGGUCACAUGCAAGGUGACCCAAACCUGUCCUGCCAGCGGGACGAAUUCCCACCCGCCGUGAUUUGGCAAGCUCGCGAUAGAAAUGUGUGGAUUCGCCUCAUUCCCUCUGGGCAAAACGGCGACGCCGGGCACCUGUUCAGCCGUAUCUGCGACGACAAAGUGGCUACUAAGACGGUAAAGAGCCUGGUUGAAAAAGUCAAGUGUGAUAAUGGCAAAGUCGUCGAGAAAUGGGACCACACGGAGUACGCACAGCUCCAGAUUUUCAGCCUGGAAUUCUCAAACAUGCCGAGAGAUAUUGUCGAUCAAGGGAUCACGGCCAAUCCGUGCUGGCCCAAGGACCUCGUGGACGACCCGGGUUUCGCUCUCAUGACCAACGAUCCUUGGUACGAUCGUGCAGCCAACCGUCCCCGCAAGAGACAUACGGCAAACUACGGAAACCCAGACUAUGCUGGCCUGGGUUACCCUCCGGGGCCCCCCGCCGUCAAGAUGAAGCGAGGCCUCGGCUUCAGCCCCGAAGACCUCUACGUCGACGAAGGAAACUCGUCUCGCCUACCCACCGAAGAAGAGCUGCGCACCGAAUUCGGUCUCGUGCGCUGUCAAGGCGAAGACUGCGAGCCCGAGAUGAAGCAACUUGGUUUCGCCUCUCUGCCCAUUAUCCCAAACUCGUUUGUCUGGCCACCCAAGUCUCACGAGCCGAGUACUACGCUGGCGGCUACGCCAACAAUCACCGUGGCUGCUACUGCGUCUGCGUAUGCGCCGACGACUACGAGCACGGUUGUUCAGGCUGUUACGCAGGUUCUUUCUGCGGCGCGCGAGUUGAUUACCGAGUCGGUAGAGUAUGCGUUCUAUGAUGAGGAGGACUAG